GAAUAAAAUAAGUGUUCUUUUUUUUGUUUUUAUGAUAGCCGGCGAUGCCUACGCCGGUAAGUAUAGCGCGGCAAUGCUUAACGCCAGAGGCAGCUCACGCGUUAGACGAGGCGGUGAGAGUCGCACGACGGAGGGGACACGCGCAAACGACGUCGCUCCAUGCCAUUUCCGCUCUUCUUUCUCUCCCUUCAUCCCCACUACGCGACGCCUGCGAUCGUGCCCGUAACGCGGCUUACUCUCCUCGCCUCCAAUUCAAAGCGUUGGAGCUUUGCCUUAGCGUGUCACUGGACCGAGUCCCCUCGAGUCAACUCAGCAACGACCCGCCCGUCUCCAACUCGCUCAUGGCCGCUGUAAAGCGGUCACAGGCGAACCAGAGAAGACAGCCCGAAAAUUUCUACCUUUAUCGCGAUAUGUCGCAGCAAAAUCCUUCCAAUAAUAUCUCAUGUGUCAAAGUGGAGCUCCGACACUUGAUUUUAUCCAUACUCGAUGACCCAGUUGUUAGUCGGGUCUUCGGCGAGGCGGGUUUCCGGAGCUCAGAGAUCAAACUGGCAGUCAUCCGCCCCCUCCCUAGUCUCUUAAGAUACUCCCGACCACGUGGCCCACCGGUUUUCCUUUGCAAUCUUGAAAAUUCGGAUUCGGGUCAUGGAAACACCCGGAUCCCAGGACAUCGGGGCUUCAGUUUCCCGUUCCCGGGUUUUGCAUCGUUUUAUGAAGGAGAAGAAAGCUGUAGGAGAAUAGGAGAAGUUUUGGCGCGAAGGGGGAAUCCGCUACUUGUUGGUGCAUGUGCAAACGAUGCACUCGCGAAAUUCACGGAAUCAUUGGAGGAAAAAAAGGAUGGAUUUUUGUCUAAGAAAAUAACGAGGUUAAACAUAAUUUGCAUCCGAAAUUUGAUGUUGAAGUGCGUUAAUGAAGGUUUUGAUAAAGGGGAGAUGGAUUCAAAAUUCGAAGAAAUGGGUCGGGAAAUGGAAGGAUCCGGAUCUGGGGUGGUGGUGAACUAUGGGGAUUUGGAAAAUUUUGUCAGUAAAAAAGAUGAAGACAAGAACGAUGACAGCGUUGUCGAUCAAGAAGAUGGCCUUAGUUAUGCGGUUGGACAGUUAACGAGGUUAUUACAAGUUUAUGGAGGGAAAAUCUGGCUGUUGGGAGCUGCAACGAGUUAUCAGACAUAUUUGAAAUUCUUAAGCAGGUUUCCUUCAGUUGAAAAAGAUUGGGAUUUGCAGAUUUUGCCUAUCACUUCUGUUAAGAAGUCAUUGCCUCAGUCUUACCCCAAGUCCAGCUUGAUGGAGUCAUUUGUUCCAUUUGGUGGGUUCUUUGCUGCACCUUCUGAGUCAAAGGGGUCCUUGAGCACCUCAUAUCAACAUGUACCCCGCUGUCAUCUAUGCAACGAGAGGUGUGAACAAGAAGUAAUCGCAAUUUCAAAGGGACGAUUCAACGUUUCCGUGGCAGAUCAGUGUCGAUCUACUUUGCCUUCUUGGUUGCAGAUGACAGAGGUUGGAGCAAACAAGGGAUUAGACUUGAAGGCCAAAGAUGGGCAGUUAUUAAACACCAUGGUAGCAGGACUGCAAAAGAAGUGGGACAAUAUUUGCCAGCGCCUUCAUCAUACUCAUCCAGGCCCGGAGUCAAACACUUCUCCAGAAAAUCAUCCAUUGUCAACUGUUCCGGGCUUUCAUUUCAUCCAAGACAAGAAGGAAAAUGCUCGUGGUCAUAGUAGCGACAACGGAAAUGCACCGGAUGGUGAAAAUCAUUGCAUAAAUUCAACUACAUGCUUGCCUCUUGAUUUUAAAACGAUGUCUACGUCACCAUCAAACGAUCCUUCCUCUGGAGUAUCCAGGACUGAAAAUGGAACUUUCCUGCCCAAACUAGGGGAAAAACCUUCCAAAGGAUGUGUUUUCGAAGCAACUGACUGUUUUUCCAAUUCAAGUGUUGUUGAUGCUAGUCAAGCAUCACCUACAUCUGUGACAACUGAUUUAGGGUUAGGUUUAUGCCCGGUUUCCUCAAGCAAGACAGUGAUGAAACCUACAAAUCGAAACCAUCCGGGUUUACUUCCUGCAAAUGUUGAUGCUAUUAAUGGGACUGUCUCCAGCCAUCAAUCUCAGUCCUCAUCCUCUUUCUCUCCUGACUUGGGUGGAAAACUUAACGUAAGCAAUUUCAAGACGCUUUUUAAAGCUGUCACCGAAAGAGUUGGAUGGCAACCUGAAGCUGUAAGUGUUAUUUGCCAAACAGUAGCUAAUUGCCGUGCACGAAACGAAAAAUGUCACGGAGCCAGUCGAAGAGGUGAUAUAUGGUUGAAUUUCUCUGGACCUGAUAGAUGUGCAAAAAAGAAAAUUGCUGUUACACUUGCAGACAUAAUAUAUGGAAGCAGAGAAAAAUUCACCUACGUAGAUCUAAGUUCCCAAGAUGGGGUGGUGAUGGGUAUGCAGUUUCUCUUCAAUUCCCAGCAAGUGAAUUAUGAUUCAAGGUUCCGAGGGAAGACUGUGGUUGACUAUAUUGCCGAAGAGUUGAGCAAAAAGCCUUUGUCUGUUGUUUUCCUUGAAAAUGUAGAUCGAGCUGAUAUUCAGGUUCAGAGCUGGUUGUCCCGAGCUAUCCGAACUGGCAAGUUUCCGGACUCACAUGGAAGAGAAGUCGGCACCAGCAAUGCGAUAUUCGUGACGACUUCAACAUUAACCAAGGAAAAUCGAGUUGUUUGUCACAAACAACAAACAUCUGACUAUUCUGAAGAGAAAAUAUUGAGAGCCAAGGGUAGGCCACUGCAGAUAGUGAUCAAAUAUGAUGACAACAUAAUUGCAAAAAGAAAUAGCAUCUCUAAGCUGGGGCUGUUGAAUAAAAGAAAGCUGAUCGGCUCCCAUGAAACUCUGGAGCAGCAUGAGAUGAUGGAAAUUACCAAGAGGGCUAACCGAACAUCAUCUUUGAAUCUAGAUUUGAACAUUCCGGCUGAAGAAAGUGAAUUGCAGGAUACUGAUGAUGCAACUGUUGAUUGUGACUGUGUCAAUGAGAGCGCCAUGCAUUGGUUGCAGGAUUUCUUUGAUCAAUCUAUCAAGAACGUGGUAUUCAAGUCAUUUGAUUUUGAUGCACUUGCGGAGGAAGUACGUGACAACAUAAACCAGAGUUUCCGCAAGUCAAUAGGCGCAGAGUGUUUGUUAGUGAUAGAGUCAGAAGCUAUGGAACAACUAGUAGCAGUUGCAUAUUUAUCCGAUGAGAAAAGGGCGUUGAGUGAUUGGGUGGAACAAGUUCUUAACAAGGGAUUUGCAGAAGUUGAGAAAAAGCACAACCUCAACGCUCGCACUGUGGUGAAACUUGUCCCCUAUGAGGGCCUCCCUUCCGAGGAGCACACACUAGGACUAGGUGUUUGUGCUCCCCCCAGAAUUAUUAUCAAUUAAUAUAAGCAUUAUAAGCAUGCUUAGCUUCAUAAUCCCAUGGUUUUUUGGGGCAUCUUCUCAUCUUCCAGUUCCAGGUAGCUUGGUCGUGUAUAAUCAAAUCUGCAGUGAAGUGUUGGUGAAAAUGACCUUUUUUUUUGCUUGGUUUGAUUUCCUAUGGGUGUUUUUAGAUAUUGUAUUAAGUAA